CUAAAGUGAGCUUUUUAACAACACUGAGAAUUAACCUGGUUCUGUGUUUCACGACCCGUGGUAUUCUUGGCUCUCUCUCUCCCAGUUCUUCGGAGGAUCCAAGUGACCUUUCUGGACACAGUGAUACGUGUCGAACACGAGCCUAACGGAGGGCAGGCCAGUAUGGCCCUUGAGGUGCAUAUCAAAAGGCUGGACUAUUGUGACGAAGCGGUGAAGGACCCUGAGCAGGACCUACCUGUUGACAUCCACCAGCCUCCGCCAUUCGUGCACAAGAUCCUGCAGCUGAGCGGUGUCCUGUUCUACUAUGAGGAUUUCUCGGAGGGGAGUGGCUCUGCGCCAUCCCCUGUCCCAAAGGAGGAAGCGGAGCCAUCUGCCUGCCGAGAAGAGGAGGCCUCCUCCAGCCCUUUGCUUCAGAUCGGCAGCUGCUCCGGAUACACAGAGAUGAGAAUCAAGCUGAAGCAGAAUGAGGCCUUUCCCGGACCCAAGCUGGAGUUGGAUGGCAAGGCGGGAUCGCUGCAUCUCUUGCUGGCCCCUAAGCAGAUCUUUUAUUUGCUAGACCUUCUGACGUCUCUGAACCUCUCAGAACCCAGUACCCUGAAAGAACAGCUGAGCAAGAAUCGCCCCCUCGACUCGGAGGACUUGAAACUCAUUGAACAGGACCUCAGCCAGCAGCUGCAUUCGGGCUUUGGGGCCCCGGCCUCCCGUCUGGAGGGAAUGGAGACUUGUGCUGGACUGGAGAACGGAG